AUGGCCACAGAAGGCCUGCAUUACCCGUUUGCCGAUAACUUUUGGGGAAAUGAAGAAGCCAGCAUUCAGGUCAUUGUUGAACGCUCACGGCGAUCAAAACAAACGUCCGAGCAAAUAAAACGGCUGUUCGAAAAACGUGCUCAGCUCGAAGAAGAAUACGGUGACCGGUUGUUACAAAUAGCGCAGAGCCCACUUGGAGACCAUGAAGAAUAUGGUAGCACCUUUUCAGACACUCUCAACGAUAUCCCAGCGGCAACAGAAGCCGCAGCCAGAGCACAUCUCGAUCUAGCGCAACAAAUCAAACAUCAUCUCGAAUCGCCCCUGUCAACAUUCGUUAAAGACCAAAAGGAGGUCAGACAAGCCACUUUGAGCAAGAUUGAAGAAGCACGACAGCAGAAAGCAUUUCAUAUCUCCAACGCUACGAAGGCCAAAGAUGCUUAUGAAGCACAAUGCCAGCACCUAAUAGAAAUGCGACAGCGUUUGGAGGACAGGUCACAGCAGGUUGGACAGGAAGAUAUUGCCAAGCUGCAAGAACAAGUGGCGCAAACAGACCAAGACUAUAAAAAUUCCAUUCAGGCCUUGGCUGCUGCUUACGGUCUGUGGUAUGAUGAGUGGCGUGAAGUAUGUGAUAUAUUCCAAAGCUUAGAAGAACGAAGAUUGCAUUAUCUACGAAGUAGUCUUUGGGCGUACGCCAAUAUGAUGUCUAGCGUCCAUACAAUAGAUGACCAGUCAUGCGAACGUAUAAGGACAUCCUUAGAGUGCAUGGAAGUGUAUAAGGAUUUGGAUACAUUUGUGCAAAAGCGACGCACUGGCCAAACUCCUCCAGAACCGACAAAGUACGAAAACUUUUUCGAAAAACUAAAAUCAUCUUCUAAACGAUCCGACAUGUCAUCCUCGGUGAUAAAGCCAUUGCCACCAAUAGCUCCGCCCGGUAGUUUGUGGGGAAACAAGGUGGUAGACUCCGAAGUCAAGCUGAACGGCGAAGAGGCUGAACCAAAAUCGAUUAGAGAAAUUACAAUCCCAGUUGUAGACGAGGAACUGCGAUCGGUCGAUGUGCAGCUGAAGCGACUUCCUACUAUGCGCACCAUGACAGCUGAAUCUUUAUUGGCACAAACAGAAGCAGUAGUGCCCUCUUUACCCACAAAUGGCUUAUCAAAGGAGCCAAAGCACGACUUGCCUAGAAGACACUCCAAAGAAUUGGUAGAACUUGACGCGGUGGCUCAACUAUCGCCACCGGAUGAUUCUAAUGCCGAUCAUAAUGCAAAGGCACAAAGCGACGACGACAGUGAUAUUGUUGGUAGCGUGUCGGAUUUCAUCAUAUCGAGAUCAUCGGCACCCAGGGGAACGGCAAACGACCUUGAGUCCUCUAAUAUUGGCAGCCACAGAGACGACGAAGCAUCCUCUAUUAAUCAUAAUCCAACCGAAGCUGCCGAGUCAACUCAAGUGCCUGACAAACGCUCUGUCACUGGCUCUCCUUCUUCACCAAAAAGCGAAAAGCGGACAUCAGGACAUGGCAUACUGUCACGACCACCGCCCCUCGCCAUUACCGAAGUGAAGCCCACGUCGACUUUGAUGGCCAGUCCAGUGUCCAUCAAAAAACCAGGGCCUGUGGUCAAUACUCGCAACUUGAAUCCGACCAUCGAUCAUUCACAACCUAAUUCAGCCUUGAGCCAUGCCACAACAGAGACAUCAGGCAAAAUGCCCUCCCCUCCGCAGCCAUUGGCAAAUGACCAUGUCACUCCAAGAUCACCUCCCACUACCACGCCAUCCCCUUUGGCUACGUCCGAACCGAUCCAUCACCACCACCAUGCAAAGCAACCGUCUCAUCGACAGCCUAUUGAACCUCCUACUAACCAAUAUAUAUACGCUUCUAAUGAUGAAGAUGUUGACCUUGGUAUUCGACCACCUCCAUGGGGAGUCCUAGACGCUUCCCAAAAAAAUGACCCUAAUCAACCCGCCAACCUUGCAUCUUCCUAUCCUGAAAAUUCACCCUUUUUAUCCCGGGCAGCCGCCUCCAUGAUGACAUUUGAUUCUCCACUGCCGAACCAUCGGAGCACACCUUCACCGUCGAAAUUGGAUGCACCUCAGUCGUCCAAAAGUCCAUCGCUUGCAUCCAAAAUGAAAUUUGCCUUUAACAAAUCACCAGGUGCGGGGGUGCCAGAGAAGGCAAGAACAGCAGACACCAUGCCCAAACCCAGUAAAUCAGAGACAGAUUCCCGCGCAGCGGCUCGAAGUGCUACAGACCCUUCGGCCAUGCCUAUUCACCAUGUGGAUCGAUUCAAGGAGCGAUCCAACAGUCGAUUUUCGCUGUCCAUAUUCAAACGGGAUAAGGAAGGGAAGAAGCAUCGAGAGAAGACCAAGGCUAGUGGAGAACAAGAGAGCAUGCAUGCACCUAGUCUAUUGAGCAACCCUAUAUCUGAUAAUGAGAGUGGCCAUGUUGUUAACCAGCAACCUUCUCAAGCUGGUUCAGUACCUCGUAGCCCUGGUGGUUCACGAGGACCGGAUUCGGCAUUAGGCUUAGGCCCGGUUUCGACCACACCUGAGUGGGCGUCGCCCAAAAUACCAGGCUCAAAUGCUGAACCCGUUCAUAUCUCACAACGAAUGAGUUCACUUGGUAUGGAACAACUACGGCAACGACAAGCAGGUGACUCUCCUCCACAGCCCAACUGGCAGGCGACGUUGGCAGAUGGCACUCCCAUUUUGGAAUAUGUGCAAGCUCAAUGGAGCUAUCAGGCUCGUAUUCCCGAUACAGAAAUAUCUUUCGAAACCAACGAUGUUUUAGCUGUCAUUACCAAACAACAGGACGGAUGGUGGGAGGCCGAAGUUCUUGAUCAGAGACGGCGGCGGCGAGGGCUGGUUCCAAGCAAUUUUAUGAAGGUGUUGAAGUCACUGUAA